AUGACAGUGUUACGCACAUUGACCUUUGUCGAGCAUGAGCACGUCGGGUUUGUCGCCGUGGCGCUGGGGUUUUUGGCUCAUGUCUUCUACAAGCGAUUUGAACCUACUGCCAUUGGUUUCCUGCUCCAGUCCGCAGGGUUGGGCGUGCUCUUCUUCGUCUGGAGUAAUUUAUCCACCAACUUUGCGGUCUUCCACAUCAGGGUCUGGGCUCCGGUGAAAGCGGUUCUUUUGUAUUUCUGCACGCUUGGUGUCUCGAUUGCAUUCUAUCGGCUCUAUCUCAGUCCUCUCAGCAAAUUUCCGGGUGAAAAGCUGCGGGCCCUCACGAAAUGGAGACACUACGUCGAUGCUAACCGUGGGACCACUCUUCACGUUAUGAUGAAGCAACAUCGAGAGCUGGGUGAUUUCGUCCGCAUAGGUCCCAAUGAAAUCUCCAUCGCAGAUCCGAGCUUCAUCCCAAUCAUUCAUGGCAACAAGUCAAGAUUUCCCAAAGGGCCGUGGUACCAGGACUUGAACUCGGACGUGGUCCAAUCGCUCAUCGAGAUUCGCGACUUUGACAAGCAUAAAUCUCAGCGCAAAAUCUGGGAUGAGGUUUUCACACCCAGAGCUCUGAGAGUGUACGAAGGCCGUAUAUUGAACAUCCUGGAACAGCUGAUAACGCAAUUCAAAGGGGCCGCGAAAUCAAGAGAGAAAGUUGAUCUCGCCCUGUGGUCUGAGCGUCUUUUGGUCGAUACCACUGGCAAGAUUGCCUUUAAUGUCGACUUCCACGCGGUUCAAAAUGCAAAGGGCCAUUUCUAUGUCGAGUUCAUCCAUGCAACGUUGCAGCAUGUUGCUUCCCUAGCUGAAGUAUCUUGGGUGAAACCGCUUUUCGCAUAUUUGCCACUCAAAAAGAGUCAACUUGCUCAGAUCGAGCAAUUCAAAACCUUUAGCGAAGAAAAGUUGUCGGAACGGAUGCAAACCCAGGGCUCUGCUGAGAUUGAUGUCCUCGGUUUCUUGAUGUCGGCCGGGGAAAGAAAUCCAGCCUACAAGUUGAGCACCCAUGGCCUAGCUUCCGAAACUCGGUUGGUCAUCGCCGCUGGAAGCGAUACCACGAGUAUUGCUAUCACUUCUGCUAUGUAUUGGCUGCUCCUCGACAAGAAAGCAUAUCUAAAACUGCGACAGGAGUGUCGCACGAUUUUCUCCCCAGAUGAACCAUUCGAGGCUGCAAGGCUCGGAGACUGGAAGCGAGCUCCGUAUUUGAACGCUUGCAUCAACGAAGCCCUACGACUGUUACCUUCUGGUCCGAAUGGCAUGCAGAGGGUAGUUAACACACCAGGUGGAAUAAUGACUCCUAACGGAAUCAAUAUCCCCGAGGGCACCAAAGUCAGUGUGCCAACCUGGACAGUACACCACGAUCCGCGCAACUUCGAAAAGCCAUGGGAUUUCAUCCCGGAGCGGUGGAUCGAAGGCUCUGGGUUCGAGGGUGCUCAUAACACGACAGCCUUCAUGCCGUUUUCAUUGGGCACAUAUUCUUGCAUCGGGAAACCGCUGGCACUACUACAGAUCCGGCUGUUCUUGUAUAAACUUAUACCAGCGUUUGACUUCGAGCUUGCGCCGGGCUUUGACAAGAGAGCCUUCAUCGAAGAAACAAGAGCGUUCUUCGGAUUAACAAAGUUGCCAUUAGUGGUGUCCGUAGCCACUGCUUCCGACUGA